AUGGAGGGGUUGGAGCCAAAGGUGGUGGUGAGGAGCGAGAGGUGGAAGAGGGAUGUGGCAGAUUGUGGUGACAAAGGGUACGUUGAGCUGAUGCAGGAGAAGAAUAAGAAGAAUAAGAAAGGGGCGGUAGGGAAGAAAGGGUGUGCUGCAACUGGUGGUGGACAUAGCAUGUUGUGUUGUCAAGCGGAGAAGUGCAACGCGGAUCUGCAUGAGGCCAAGCAAUACCACAGGAGGCACAAGGUGUGUGAGUAUCAUGCCAAGGCUCAGGUUGUUCUUGUUCAUGGCAUCAGACAACGGUUCUGUCAGCAAUGUAGCAGAUUCCACGAGUUGUCUGAAUUUGAUGACACAAAAAGAAGUUGUCGCAUGCGUUUGGCUGUACACAAUGAACGGAGGAGAAAGAACUCUGAUCAAUCUCAAGCAGAAGGGUCAAGCCACAAAGAGACAGAGGCCCCUCAAUUGAAGAACAUUGCUUGUGGUCAGGCUAAUGAAAGGGAGAGAACUCAUGCAGCAAUACAAGAAAAUUCUGCAUACAAAAAUUUCCAAAUAAGAUAA